AUGGUUGAGCACCUAGCGCAGCAGUUAAGUGAAGAGUACAACAAAUAUCGAGAUGAGGCUGAUGCUCGUCGAAUUCUUAUUUCAGACAUAAAUGAAUUGCGAGAGCAGUUUGAUGAUAUGAGUAUAGCAAAGAAGCAUGCUUUGCAAAGCUCUAGAGAAGGAGAUGAUCCGAUUAUUCUGCGUUUAGCUCUUCAGUACUCUAUGGCGAAACCUGUAACUCAUGCUUAA